AAUGGGAAUGGAUCUUACUUAGAGUUUCCGGAGCGGGAACCAAGUUGUUGUUGUUGAGCUUGGCUAUCAUGGACGUGGAGAUGGCGGUACCGCCGAGCGAGGAGAGAACCGUGGAAGGUGCACCCACGCCGGACACGGAGGCCGGGGAGGGGAGCAGCCCGAGCUCCGGCUCCUACGACCUGCCCUGGGUAGAGAAAUACAGGCCGUUGAAGCUGAACGAGAUCGUGGGCAACGAGGACACGGUCAGCCGCCUGGCGGUGUUCGCCCGGGAGGGAAACGUCCCGAACAUCAUCAUUGCAGGUCCGCCUGGAACUGGAAAAACCACCAGUAUCCUGUGUUUGGCUCGAGCGCUGCUUGGCGCCUCCAUGAAGGACGCCGUGCUGGAACUGAAUGCCUCUAAUGACAGGGGCAUCGACGUGGUGAGGAACAAAAUCAAAAUGUUUGCCCAGCAAAAGGUGACGCUACCCAAAGGACGACACAAGAUCAUCAUCCUGGAUGAAGCUGACAGUAUGACGGACGGCGCGCAGCAGGCACUGAGGCGCAUCAUGGAGAUCUACUCCAAGACGACCCGUUUCGCCCUGGCCUGCAACGCCUCCGACAAGAUUAUCGAAGCCAUCCAGUCGCGCUGCGCCGUUCUGCGCUACUCCAAACUGAGCGAUGGCCAAAUCCUGGCGCGGCUGCAGGACGUGGUGGCGAGGGAGCGGCUGUCUGUGUCCGACGACGGCCUGGAGGCCAUCAUCUUUACCGCGCAGGGGGACAUGCGACAGGCGCUGAACAACCUGCAGUCCACCAACUCGGGCUUCGGCUACAUCAACAGCGAGAACGUGUUCAAGGUGUGCGACGAGCCGCACCCCCUGCUCGUGAAAGGCAUGCUGGGACACUGCGUGGACGGGAACGUGGAUGAGGCCUACAAGGUGGUGGAGCAGCUGUGGGCGCUGGGCUAUUCGCCGGAAGACAUCAUCGGCAACAUCUUCCGAGUAUGCAAGACCUACCAGAUGGCAGAGUACCUCAAACUGGAGUUCAUCAAGGAGAUUGGCUACACGCACAUGCGCAUCAUCGAGGGCGUCAACUCGCUACUGCAGUUGGCAGGACUGGUGGCUCGUCUUUGCAGUAAGACGGCGCCCCCUACCGCCAGCUAGCCGCGCCGAGCACAUCGGCCGGCCUAUCUGGAAUCGCUCGUUUGACCUGAACUCAAUGUACAUGAUUUUGCAGACUUUUAGCAAUAAAACGCACCUUCUAUGCCAAUAAAUCAGCGUUUGGUUAACUUUGUGUUGUUGAGGCACAAGCAACUUGAGUUUCUGCUCACGUCCACUUUUACUAUUUAUUUCGUUCAAAUACCAAAGUACAAAUCUAAAUUUUGUAACCAACCACAAAGACAGGUAAAGAAAAUCUUUGCGGAGCCCCUUUAGUUUGGCGGCGUGCAAUGACUUUCUUUUUUUUCCCGGUAAAAUAUUUAGAUAGACUCAAUAAAAGGUUGGGAAAACAAUAUAAACCAAUCCACACAUCACCAGUUUGUCCACCGUCACUCACACACACGAACUUGUGAGCCUCGUCUGCCAAAAUCCUUUUUCACGUCAACGGCUGAGAUGCGAGACGGCGCCGCACUGGACCGUUUUCAUACCAAAAAGUCCACAAGCAGCAGGCAAAUAAGGCCGAAACAUAUCAAAAGCAGGGG